AUGGAGUCCACACCUACUCUUCCCAUCCCGAUCUCUUAUGUAUCUGGUAGAUACCUGCUGUUCUCCGUUGACGCCGUCACCUACUUGCGACGCGAGCACAACAUCUGUGGCGUGCUGAUCGGGACCCUCCCUCAAAUCCCACAACAAAAUGUGUUCCUGGGUCUGCCGCUGGAAUUGAUGCCCGAGGAGGCGCGGGUUUUGGUGGACAAGGAUGUAGCUUGCAUUGUAGACGAAGCCAAAGCGCAUGAUGGCAUGCGAUCGCUCCUAGAAGAGGAUCGCCGACAGUAUCUCCGCGACCUAGAAUCCCAAGGCCAGCUUGCCAUGCGUAUCCUGGCAGAUCGCAAGGAUCAGCAACGAGAACAAUCCUUGAAGGAGAUAGACGAGAAAAAGGCUAAGGGUCUGGCCGCUAAAGCGGCAAAGGCUGCGAAGGCCGCCGCCGAUGCUCAAGUCGCCCCUGAAUCAAGCCCUGCUCCGACUGAAAAGGAGGAACCGAACUCGAUCUUCGCUGGAGAGGAUGGGACCUCGUCUCUAUCUCGCACAACUGGCAUCAGCACACCGGCGCCUCAGCAGGCCUUGGGUAUCACGCCGACUACUUCCUACCCGCCGCUACCUCAUCCCGUUUCCGCGUCCAGUCAAUACCUCCCGAAACCAGAAGUGCCAUUGUCCUAUCCGCUCUUCGCCCAUCUACACUCCCGCGGCUAUUUCCUUUCCCCUGGUCUACGCUUUGGAUGUCAAUAUGUGGCCUACCCAGGAGACCCUCUUCGAUUCCAUUCCCAUUUCGUGGUCGUUUCCGCAGAGUGGGAUCAAGAAAUGGAUUUGAUGGAUAUCGUCAAUGGUGGCCGACUGGGCACUGGUGUCAAGAAAGGUUUCCUCUUGGGUGGACCCCAGAAGAGGCGAGAUGAGGUCGAGUCUGAGGCGGAUCGGGUUGAUACCGUUCGUACAUUCAGCAUUGAAUGGGCUGGCAUGUGA